GCGGGGACCUUUCCCAUGACUCUUGGCUCCCUUUGCCCUCUCUUUGCAGGUUUCAGCCCCCGAGGAGGACGAGGGGACCGCGGAGGAGGAGGAGGGCGCGGAGGCUUCGGGGACCGAGGGCGAGGAGGCUUCCGAGGAGGUCGAGGAGGUGGAUUUAAAUCUCCUGGUGGUGGUGGUGGAGGAGGUGCUUUCAGAGGAGGCAGAGGAGGAAGUAGAGGACGUGGCGGCCCACGAGGUGGUGGCCGAGGAGGACGAGGAGGCUUCAGAGGGGGCAAAAAGGUGACAGUGGAGCCCCACAGGCAUGAAGGUGUCUUUAUUUGCCGGGGAAAGGAGGAUGCACUAGUCACAAGGAACCUGGUACCUGGCGAGGCUGUAUAUGGAGAAAAGAGGAUUUCUGUGGAGGAUGGUGAAGUAAAGGUGGAAUACCGUGCUUGGAACCCUUUCCGUUCAAAACUGGCUGCUGCUAUUCUUGGAGGCAUUGAUCAGAUUCACAUCAAACCAGGUGCUAAAGUGUUAUACUUGGGAGCAGCAUCAGGGACUACGGUGUCUCACGUCUCUGACAUAGUUGGACCGGAAGGCCUUGUGUAUGCUGUGGAGUUUUCCCACCGCUCAGGCCGUGACCUCAUUAAUGUGGCAAAGAAGCGGACCAACAUUAUCCCUGUAAUUGAGGAUGCACGGCACCCACACAAAUACCGCAUGUUGAUUGGCAUGGUGGAUGUGAUCUUUGCAGAUGUGGCUCAGCCUGACCAAUCACGUAUUGUGGCUUUAAAUGCACACAAUUUCUUAAAAAAUGGUGGCCACUUUGUCAUCUCCAUUAAGGCAAACUGCAUUGACUCAACAGCAGCCCCCGAGGCAGUCUUUGCAUCAGAGGUGAAAAAAAUGCAGCAGGAGAACAUGAAACCCCAAGAACAGUUAACUUUGGAGCCCUAUGAGCGAGACCAUGCUGUGGUGGUUGGCAUUUACAGGCCACCACCGAAACAGAAGAAAUAAUGUGUAGAAGCUGUUGGUGUUCUUUGCUACAGUACUUCAACUCCGAAUGUCUUUUCAUAUCACUUUGAGACAGGACUUUUUUCUACAGAAUCGGCCCCAUCUUCCAUGUUUCAUUUUAUCGAUAUUUUUUGACGUUCUCAAAUGUGUAUAUUUUUUAUUAAAAUAAGUAAUAUAGUGAUAAUACUGGUUUGAUUUGCAGACCUGAGGGAUUGGAAGUACUUCGGUACAAUUAACAGGGACCCAGUUUGUCAAGGAUGGUGCACCUUUGUGUUUAUUUAUUUAUGAAUUAGUAUCAGCUAUAAAACAACAAAACGUCAAAUAUAAAGAGAACUUGAAACAUUAAUAGAUCUAUUCGAUCUUGACCUAUAGUCACAAUGGCCCAAAUAAAUGUUCUGGGAAUAGCA